UCUAAUAGUGUGUCUUGAUAUGUGGAUUGCAUGUAUUCAAACUCGUCUACUGGUAGAAACCCAUUAUAACUAUCACAGAGAUAUACCCACCGGCUAUUGAUUUCACAUAGUCCAACGAGUCGAGCUCAUUCACCGACUACACAAAUGAGCGAAUUAUUAAAAUGCACGGUAGAGCAGGUUUGCGACGAUUGAUAUCAUUCAGGAUAACAAUGACGAGACAGUGAGGAGGAGGUGCAAGAGGAGUAGUAGUAGCAGAAGUAGUAGUACCAGUGGAGGCCUAGAUUUUCAACGAUCAUUAUUCUUACUUGGAUUUUAGACAAUUAUUACAUUAACUCAUGAAAAUGAUAGCAGACUUUGAGUGUAUCUAUGAAGUGAGCCCCAGUAACAAUGGAUCCAUCCAUCGGAAUAAUAGUAUGGAAGGUAGCAGUUCCUACUCCUCCGACACCAUGAACAGCCGGAAAAGCAGUGGACCAAAACAUAUCCUUGCAGAAAUGAGAAACCAAGAUUUUGACGCCAUCAAAUUUGCAACAUAUAGAACAGGAUGCAAGCUACGCUUUGUACAGAAGCAGUGUAAUUUAAAUGUGGUUGAUCUUUGGAAUAUUAUUGAAUCUUUUCGUGAGAAUGGUCUGAACAAGAUGUCUGUCUCGGAAGAGUUAAGUCGUACCAGUUUAGACAACAUGAUCUCCAGCAUUUACUACCAGCUAAACAAACGACUGCCAACCACACAUUCAAUCGAUGUUGAUACCUCAAUCAGAUUGUUAACAGGCUUCUUAGUGUCUGCAUACGAUAAAGAUGGGUCUGGCAAGAUUCCUGUCUUUUCCGUCAAAGUGAUGCUUAGCACAUUGGCAGCUGGCAAGCUUGCUGACAAACUCAGGUACAUUUUUAAGCAGAUUUCUGAUGCAUCUGGGAUGUUAGUGCACUCAAAGUUUGAUGAUUACCUAAAGUACCUACUUGCUCUACCUACAACUAUUUUUGAGGGACCAUCAUUCGGCUACAACGAAAGCCUCUCAAAGUCAAUAUUUAAUGGGCCUGUUACAUUGAACGAUUUCUUGGAUAAGAUGAUGGGAGAACAGGCCCCCCAAUGCAUCAUGUGGCUACCAUUGAUGCACAAGAUGGAAACUGCAGAAAAUGUAUUUCAUCCAGUGGAAUGUAAUUACUGCCACCGUGAGUCCAUGAUGGGCUUCCGAUACAAGUGCCAACGAUGUUCUAACUUUCAACUUUGUCAGAAUUGCUUUUGGAGGGGAAAUGUGUGUGCAGGUCACAGCCAGGACCAUCAGAUGAAGGAACACACAUCUUGGAAAUCUCCUGCCAAGAAGGUGGGCAAAGCAUUGAAGAAGCCAUUCAAGUCUUCCCCGAGUCGUUCUCCGAAUCUGCCUCGUUAUCCUGACGAACCGGAACAUCCUCUUGAUCUCUCCCACAUUGUGCCAGCCCCUCCAGCUACUGUGUUGCCAUUUGAAAAUGCUGAUCAAAAUAGGCUGCCGUCCAGCGAGGACGAAUUAAAGAGAUUGAACAACGCGAGUGAUCCUUCACGGUUGGAUGAUGAGCAUAGACUAAUAGCUCGUUAUACUGCUUGCUUAGCCUCUGCUAAAAACACUGUUUCCGCAUCAGAAAUUCCAUCAGAGUUAGAUACAAACCGUAGUCAACGUCAACUUCUUGCCCAGCUUGAAGCUAAGAACCGUGAGAUUAUGAAAGAAAUCCAGCGACUAAAGCAGGAACAUGAGGAAGCGGUGAAAUCAACGAGUCUGCACCGCAACCCCACGCUGCUGGCAGAGCUACGACUGCUACGCCAGAGGAAGGAUGAACUGGAACUGAGAAUGGCAGCUCUGCAGGAUAGUAGAAGAGAGCUGAUGGUGCAGCUAGAGGGAUUGAUGAAACUUCUUAAGAAUCAAGGAUCGCCUAAGACAAGUCCAGUGCAUAGUCCACGACCUGGCUUUUCAACUCCCACGCAUCGUUCAGCAGGAUCCAGUCAAGGGGAACCAUUAGCAGGUGUUGAGGGUGAUGUUAAGCAUGCAUUUGAUCCAUCUACAGGAAAGACAUCCAGGAACCUACGGAAUGAUCUUCUCGUUGCUGCAGACUCUGUGACCAAUGCUAUGUCAUCUCUGGUGAAGGAGCUCAAUUCUGAAGCUGAUGAUGAUGAUGAAAAAGACGAAGACACUAAGCAAGUUAGGAAUGGCUCCAGGCAAUCUAGUUAUAGCAAUACCGGGAACAGUCCUCAAACACCAGACUCAUCGGGUGGAUGGAAUUCUUCACCAAGAUCUCGUAGGGCAGAUGGCGACUUCUUGGCGCAGAUCAACAUGAGAAAAGAAGCAAAGACAAUGCGAACAGGGCCAACAGCAAAUACCUCCGAUUCGCUUGUUGUACGUCCUAGGCGAUGUAGAAGAAACUACGUUGAAAUACAUCUCGUAAAAGAGACAACAACGUACAGUAAAUCAAGUUCGGAGGCUCAAUCUUCCGACUCAUACUUGCAAUCUGAUGAUGCUGAUUCGUAUAUCCGAACAGACGAUGAGAGUAUAGUACGUACAGAUGAUGAAUAUGUUAUGCGAACAGAUGAUGAACUUCCACGUCACACAGAUGACGAACUUUUGGAUGCAGGACGGGUAGAAUAUCAGAAGACAGACCGAUGAUGGAGCCACAGAUGAUGAUACAAAUUUCAAAACAGACGAUGAAGGGGGAAACCCUCACUGGGAGGAGAACAUGCGAAGGUGGAUAAACCGAUAGAGCCUCGGACACAAAAACCCACACCCCCUCUCCCUGCUUUCUUCCUCACCCCCACCUCCCUUUCUGAUUCUUUUUACAUAGAUGAUGAAUAUACUGUUGGCCAUAAUGAAAGGUUUCAAGAGAACUUUUAGUUACAUAGACUUGUGUAGCUUGAGAGGUACUAGUUGUGUAAUUAUAAUAAAAACUAGCUGUGUAACUAUGGAAAGCUAGGUGUAAAUACAAUGUAAUUGCACAGUAUUAUCUCAGUCAAAGGCAUUGGGAAAUGAACUAUCAAUCAAAUUAUAGAAAAUAUUAAAAUAUACAGAACUCGGUUGUUGUUUGAGAGAAUAUAUUUGUAUAAAAUUAAUAUUUAUAACGAUUAAUGCAUUAAGUACUACCAUCAUUAUGAGUACAGUUAAAGUAUAUUCUACAGUAUUCUCUUAAUGUUGAUAUGUAUACAUGUAUACAUAAUGUUGAUAUAUAUAUAAUUAUUUGCAUCAGUAAAUGUUUUUUACUGAGGGCCCUACAUUGAUGCAUAAACAAAUUAAUUAUUUGGGGUUUUUUAUCUAAUGAGAGCUAUAUAAUGUAAUACAUGUAUGUUUUGGUUUUUAUACUGUGGUCUUUACAUACAGAAAAAUGUUAUUAUUUGUUUUGUUUUACUGAGAUCCUUAUAGAGUACCACACUCGUGUCGUCAUAACACCAGGUGGCGCCCUCUGGACAUUGGUUGGUUUAGAAUAGACUUUCUGGAAUAGGCAUUUUAAAACCUAAUAAUUUACCAUCAAAAUGUAUUAAAAACACAAAAAGCUCGCAUUAUGUUAGUUAGCGAACACAUAUUUAAUCAUCAAUUAACAUUUACAAAGAAAA